UUUAAGAGUGCAUCUUGGGCUAGGUAGGGACAUACUAUUCUACCAAGCAUUUAUUCAAGUCAUACUGCAUGCUAGGAAAGCAAUGGAUAUGGUCAGAUCUACUUAAUUAAUCAAGUUGGCCUUAGGCUACUGUUCGUUUACGUUAGCAUACUACUCAAACGCUGUCUUUAAAUGGUAGAACACGCCCUAAACCCGAUGAGGCAGUCGUUUCAUGAGCACUGUGCUGUAGGAAUGGUGUAUGUCGUAGGCAGAGCAGUGACAAGGUUGUGCGUCCCGUGUACAGUGCGUAUUUUCACAGUCGCAAUGGCAGACGCUUUGGGUAAAGUCCCCGACGCUGAAGUCGAUCCAGAGGGAACAUUUAAGUAUAUUUUAGUGAGGAUAAAAGUAAAAGAUGGAACUGAAUACAAAGAUAUAGUGAGAGGCACAAAAAGUGCUGGGCAGUAUCACAAUCAUAUAUUUGAGAAGGUCACCCCACCAAUAACGGCUUUGGGACUGGAGUGCAACUGUCUUGGAGGAGGGAAGAUUGAGCACAACAGCAAAGACAAAAAACUGCGUGUUUUUGGGGAAUCAACUGGCUAUGGCAAAGCAGAUCAUUCAGUGUCUGUUGAGAAGCUGAAGAGUGUCUUCAAAGACUAUGAGAUCACCUGGUCUGAUGAUAAAGAAUAGAUCACCUGGUACGAUGCUAAAGAAUAGAUCACCUGGUACGAUGCUAAAGAAUCUAUCACUUGGUCCUGGUAAAGAAUAUAUCACCUGGUCCUGGUAAAGAAUAGAUCACCGGGUCCUGGUAAAGAAUAGAGGGAAACUCCCCCUCUGUAUAUGUCUGCUAAUAUCUGCCUUAUGGCUCAACACUCCUGUUAACAAAACAACACACAUGUCACUGCAAUGAUUUAAAAUCAUAAAAAUUGUAAAAACUUUUUUUUUCAGUUGCACUUUAAUUUUGUACAAAUUUUUUAAAAUGUUUGAUGAUGCAUAGUAGCGUGUAUCUGCAACUAGCGCAGAGUUUAAAUGAAAGUAAAGUAGGCCUCAUCAGUCAUAAUGGUGGAGGCUGCGAGCCAAGCGUAAAGUCCAUACCGGACGUUUCUGUGUGAUAUGAGAGCACAAAAACAUAUCCUGUUGGCCUCAGGGAGAGUGUUAGUUUGGGGAACCCUAAAUACAGGCGAAGGACUGUUACGCAGGUCCUGUCCAACAG